CGCUGGCUCGGAGCGAGGAGUCCACAAUGUUAGUGAAGGGCAGGGACAGCACGGGAUAUGCACCCCAAAUCUGGACCAGUACCGCCUCACGCCAACGGGAGGGUGAAUGAUUCACCGACUGCACCGUGCGUGCAGAUAAGCCGUUUUCCUGCACUCUUCAACCAGACUCUUUGCAGGCACUCACUUGCACCUUGCUUGGGGACACAGAGAAGGCAAGCGCACACACAUGCACCUCGUCACUCACUCACUCACUCACUCACUCACUCACUCACAUUCACACAAAGACAAGCUGUCACACAGGCACACACACACACACACACACACACAGACACACAGACAGACACACACACACACUCACUCACUCACAUUCACACCGAGACAGAGACACACACACGCACACGCACACACACACACAGGAGGAGACCAUCUGGCCAAAGGUGGAGCGCGCUGGGAGCCAGGGCUGUCAGCUCACCAGACAAGAGCUCCUCCUGACCUGGUCCCACUCCUGCGACUUGUCUGAAACUUCAACGCUGUUCUGAAACGUGAAGCUGGAUCACACCUUAAACCUUUGCUCUUUUGGCUUCCGAACUGCACCUGGCGGUUGGUUGAGAGGGAAACGAUCACGUGGCCUGUUGUGGAGAAACGUCCGAGGAGACCUGCCGUGGUUCCUGAACAGAAAGCAGGAUUCCCUGAGGAAUAGAGUGACCGGGCUCAAUCUUAACGAAAGUAGCAUGGACGUAAUUACAGCUUUCAUAACCCAGCAUACAGAAGAGAACUUUGCAUGGAGGCUAUGCGGUAGAAGAUAAACAACAGUGGAAGCUCAUUGUGAGCCUGUCAUAUGGGAGAAGAAAGCUCUAUGUUUCCCACCUUGAGACAUAGACAAGGGGGUCCUCAAAGAAGGAAUAUGCCAAACUUCUGUUAGUGUGCUCUUUUUUUAUCCCGGACGUGGAUAACUUUCCUGGAGGAAUUGCGGCGACUACUGUUUCUUUGAGGGGGGCGUGAGCCGAACGCUGACCCCUGUCUUGGAGAGAGCUGUGGAACUGACCGCCGUGGAGGAGGAUGAGGAGGGAUCGGAGUUCUGGAUCGUUCCGGAAGGACGGUAGGGAGAAGGCCACCUCCAUACCCCGGGCGCUCAGCUGGCUUGGCCUCUCCACGCUCUCUCGCCAAACACGACGUAUCUUCCACAGCCAAGGAGAGCUGGUCAUUGGGCAACAAGGGCAGGAUGAUGACGACUGGAUCUACAGACCCCAGCACCGCAAAGCUGUGUCUAACCUGGAUGAGGAGAGCAGGUGGACUGUGCACUACACGGCGCCCUGGCACCAGCAAGAGAAUGUCUUCCUGCCAGGCAACCGGCCCCCCUGCGUGGAAGACCUUCACCGCCAGGCCAAGGUCAACCUGAAGACUGCCCUGCGAGAAUGCGAUAAGCUGAGGAAGGAUGGCUUUCGCAGUUCACAGUACUACUCCCAGGGCCCAAUCUUCUCCAGCUCCCUGUCCAACAGUAGCCUGCAGGACAUCGACGACUAUGACAAGAAGUCCACAGCGUCAUCGGCAGAAGACGAUAAGCUGUACCCCUCGAGACCCCUCACCCCCCUCAUGGGGGGUGGGCAGAAUUUUGCCACGCCUUUGCCCACCCCAGAGCAGAAGAUGAGGGAACAGGCCCAGGCUGUGCCCACUGACAUCAUCCCCAUUAAUGUCUCAGGGGAGACUUUUGACCGGCAGGCCAGUGUUCGACGCUCCUUAGUUAACACUGACACUGUGGUCAGGAGGUCCAAGAAGGUCAAAAGGAGAAAGACAAUAUCAGGGGUCCCCGACAACAUCCAGAAGGAACUAGCAGGGAAAGGACCUGAAGAUUUUCGGGCUCAGUCGAUGUACAUCCCCGGUCAGUUCUCCACGCUGGGCCGUGUGGGAAGCAUGAACUCGUCACUCCGACGCUCCGAAACACGAGACUCCAGCUGCCAGACGGAGGAGGUGAAGAUUGUGCCGCCCUCCGUAAGGCGGAUCCGGGCACAGAGGGGCCAAGGCAUCGCUGCCCAGAUGGCCAGCCUCUCGGCCUCUUCUUCCGGAAGCAUCUCUGCUGCCAGCUUUGACUGCACCGAUGCGAGGACGCCCUAUGCGUAUGCACCCCAGCUUAAUGGGGGUGGUGCACGUUUCCACAGCCUGCCCCGCCAGGGGGCACGUGUCUCCCUGAGCUCCGAGGCCAAUUACAGCAGCGCCCCUUAUAGACCGGAGGACUGCCUUGUGGGUGGUCAGGGUCAGUCCCGGCAGAUCGCCAAGCUUCAGGCCGAUGAGACGGUUGUGCACCUGAGGAACAGCCCCAGGACCGGAACGAUGCCUCGUCCCAAGUCCCAGCAGGAAGUGCGGAGAGUGCAGGGGGACCCUGCUCCCCUCCUGGUCUCCCCUCAUGCCGCCUACUCCACCUCACUGAUACCCAAUGCCACCUUGUCCAGCACUGCCCAGGUCAUCACUCUUCACACCACUGGGCACACGCAGAUGGACCGGCCAGUUGGGGCUCAGCCCCUAGCCCCACUCCGAGGAGAGAUGGGUUCACAGUGCAGCGAACCAGACGCCCCCAGCGAGUCCAGCUGCUGCUCAGAUGGGAGCUUCCAGAACUCUGCCACCUCCGCCGCAGACCAGUGGGUCUAUGACACUGCAGAGAACGUCCUACCCAAGAGGCCCCUGACAUCAAGCUGCUCCACUCCUAUAAACCACCUGUACAACAGUCUGGAGCGGCCCUCAAACUGCACAGACUCGGGCUCGCUGUGCUCCAUAGACAACGACGGCUACUACACCUCCAUGCGCCUGGACUCCGGGCUCAAGUCCCGUAGCCAGGGCAACAUCUCUGCCACCCGUCACAGCAUGUAUGAGUGCCAGCAGCAGCACUAUGGCAGUCAGGACGAACGCGCCAGUCUCUACAGCAACAGGUCGCUCUCCCGCAGCAUCUCCCUCCGCAAGGCCAAGAAGCCCCCGCUCCCGCCCGCCCGGACCGACUCGCUCCGCCGCAAGCCAAAGAAGACCGCCAGCAACGGGGCGGCGUUGAACGAGACGCUGAUUGCCAGCCUGCAGCAGUCCCUGCAGCAGGGGGGCCUGAAGGACCGGGUGGCCACCUCUUCCCCCUCUCAGAGCCCCUGCAGCGAUUAUGAGGACCCCUGGGUGCUGCGGCCGAGAAGCCAGAGCAGUGCCAGCGCUGGGAGCAGCGGGGUGUCAGCCAACGUCUACUCACUGUGUCCAGUCACACCCCCGCAGAGCGACACCAGCAGUCUGCGGUCUGACUAUGUGGAGUGGGGCUGUUAUGCCGAACUGCCACGGUCACCACUUGCCCGGUCCGUCAGCGUCGGCGGAACCCCCCGAGGGAGCCUAGGGAACGGGCCUCAGGAUCCCCUCCCCUUGCCUCUGCCACUGCCCCAGGACACUCCCAAGCCCAAGGCAGCCACAACGUCCUCCCCCGACCGGGUGCACCGGUUGACCUCGCCCUCCAGCGGCUAUUCCAGCCAGUCCAACACGCCUACGGCCGGCACACCCGUGCCCUCCUUUGUGAGAGCACUUUCCCCAGCAGGGGCACGGCCCAAACCUAAGGUGCCUGAGAGGAAGUCCUCCCUGCUCUCCUCCAUGUCCAUUUCCUCCUCUUCUACAUCCCUCUCCUCCAACACCUCCGAUUCAGCCCGGACCCCUGUCCCUCCCCCUUCCCUUCCAGUCCUUCCACUGACCCCCAACUUCUCACCCCCAGCCCUGCCUCAGCCUGUAACCCCUGAGACAGCGAAGAGCCCGCCCCUAUAUGGGUCAUCCCCUGAAUUCCCAUCCCCUCCUCCAGAGGUGAUGAUGGACGCCGUCCGGCCAGUCAACAAUGUGGUCAUUCCUCCUCCACCCCCUCCCCUUCCUUCUAGUGCCCCUAUUGUGCCCCCACCCCUGCCACUAUCCCCUACAGCUCCACCGACAGUCACUCCCCUCGCCCUGAAGAGCCUGAAAGAGACCCUCAAAUCCGUAACCUUAUUGGAUGUCAACCAUUCGCCCAAUGGGGUGAAGAAACCAGGCCUCGAUCACCCUGGAUCCACAGUGCCCCUGAUCACUGCCCAAGCUCUGCAGAUGGUCCAGCUGCGGUCUGUGAAGAAGCCGGAGAGACUUCAAAGUGCUGAAGCGACCACAAGUGCUCAGGAAACCAGGGAUGGGAAUGACUCCCCAAACGCCACACCAGAGGUGCCUAAAAAGCCAGAGCCCCCUACGGUACUGCUGCUGCCUUCCUGUGCCACCCCCACCCUAAAUGGGACACACAAGCCUCCCACGCCCGUCAAGUUCCUGAGGGACCUCCCCAAAAGCAGUAUCCCAGAGACCACGCCUGGCGCUGCUGCCAGCACUGACCCCCCCAGGGAUGCCACUCCUCUGGGACAGGCACCCCUGCCCUCAGAGCCUGCUGACGACCCCUUGCUCUCUGCCCACAUUGAUCCCGAAAGUUCUCCCGUGGUGAGCCCAAAUGACACAGUACCCAUUCCCGCACCCAAACAAAAGCCACCAGUCACCGCCAAGAAACCCAAGCUGUCCUUGUUGGCAUCCCCUCCUCCGACUCCGCCCAAGUCGUCAGCAGAGACUCCACCUAAGGUCCUGCCCCAGACUCCGACUCCACCCAAGCCCACCCUGCUGGAGGAAGAGCAGCUCCAUUCAGAGGUGGCCCUCAACUCUCAGAAUGGGACACCCAGCCCCAGGACAGCCCAGCUGGAGGGCACAGAGGAGACGGAUUCUAGAACGUCUACCCCUCCGACUCAGAGCAGGGAGUCCCUCCUCAGCGAGCUCUCGGCCAACAUCCUGCAGGCCGCCCAUGACCCCUCCAUCACCCCGGUUGCUCAGGAGCUCCCACUCAACAGUGACGAGAGCACCUCAGAAGGAGACGGACAUGGAAAUGCAGAUGGAGAUGCAGAUAUAGAUGGAGACAGAGAUGUAGAUGCGGAUGCAGAUGCAGAUGGAGAUGGCGCCAGCAGCACCACAGGCUCAGUCAGUUCUAAAGAUGAGGAAAGCGGUGAGGUGUUCGACUCCAGCACAGCCAACUCGGCGCCGGCCGCCAGCACCAACGGAGACGCGCUGGAGGACAUGGUGACGCCCACCCGCCCACGCACCACCGAAGACCUGUUUGCCGCCAUUCACAGGUCCAAAAGGAAGGUUCUGGGCCGGAAAGAAUCGGAGGAGGAUCGGUCGCGAGGCCACUCCCCGUCGCCGCCGGUCACCCCCACGGGCCCGUCCCAGGCCCUGACGUCGUCUCUGCCCCGCCCGUCCGGCCCAAUCCAGCGUAGCCUGCGCAAGUCGGCCACCAGCAGCGACAGCUUCAAAGCCCUCCUGCUGCGGAAAGGCAGCCGCACAGAAACCAGCUUCCGCAUGUCCGCCGCCGAGAUGCUCCGCAGCACCGACCCGCGGUUCCAGCGCACGCGCUCAGAGUCCUCGCUGGACCCCUGCCCCGACUCGCCCGGCCGCGGCUCCCGCAGGGCCCAGGAGGACUGGGCCCGCUGCGAGGGCGCCCUGCCCCGCCCGUCAGGGGCCUCCAGCCCCUCCUCGUCCUCUAAGUACGGCCGGGCCCGGGCCCCGCCCAUGGCCGCCAGCAGCAAGUACAACGCCCGCAGCCGCAUCCUCAGCAGCCCCAUGACGGUGAUCCGCGAGGGCGAGGGCGAGCUGGGGGAGGCGGCCGACUCACUGGACCUCCCCGCGGACCUCGCUGCCGCUCUGUGCGGGGAGAGCAGCUAGGCUACUCGCCAACGGUAACAGUGGUUACUGGUCUGACUCACUAACUGCCCCAGGGGGAGGGGCCGUCCCAGAGCUGAGCCUAACUGCCCGCCCCCCUGCCCCCUCCCUCCCCCCCCCGAGGCUCAAACGGCUCCCGCCGGCUCCCCGUUCCGGAGCCCCGAUUCCUUCCGGAUACGGAGAGCCACAGCGGGCGUGCCGGAGUCGCGCGCUACAGAUUGUGCGGUGCUCUUGUCUGAAGUGGAGUUUUUGCUGCAGCUUUCACACCGUCUCGUUUUUGUUUCCUCAUCUUUUAUAUAAGACGUAUGUACUCCCAAGAAGCAAUAUCGGACUUCCACAGGCGAAUGUAGCCUGACGUGUUUUUCCCUGUUUUGUUUUCUGUUUUUUUAUCUUGUUUUCCCCCCCUCUCUCCCCCGUUUGGAGGUCCAGAGUGUAAAGCAAGUCUAGAACUCCCAUGGCUUUCCCGCUAUGUUGUUUUCAGUACUGAAUUAAGGGAAAGCUAUGUGAGAGAAUGAAACGAUUACGUGGCCGGUUUUUCAUUGCUUUGAGAAAGAAACGAUUAAGUCACAGGUUUUUCCAUUGCUGCAGUGGUGCUACUCAUUAGACAGACAGCUAAACUGGGUCGGUGUUCUUACCAAGACCGUUGUUGUUGUUGUUGAGCCUGAGGAAAAGCGAAAGUUUCUACUGUCUGCCGCUGCUCCUUUUCAAGUUUGCAUUCCUUUCCGUUAUGGCUGCCUUUCAAAGCGUGUCGUGAGGUCAACAGUGCCACCCUCCAUUUCCCUCCAUUCUCUAAUUUGGCCUCUGCGACCAUCAGUUCCCAUUGAAGAACUGGAGGGGGGGUUGGCUUACAAGGCCUCCAUGUUGAAGGCUGCAAGGCUUUGAAAGGGGCUCACGGCUGCACAGUGAGCGGAAACAAGCACGUGUACAAGAUGGCACUAUAGAGGAGGAUUUGGGUCUAGGUUUUGAAAACCUUUUCUAGUUCUAUUUUAGUUGGUAGAUUUGCACUAUAUAUUAGUGUUUUGUUUUUGAAGACAAGACGUUGUAUUUGGGGAAUCUUUUAAUGAGUCUGUGUUUGUGUCAUUUACUUUGUGAGAAUGAAGAAUGGAUUUGAAACGAAAAAGGACAUUUACUUGAAAAACCCAUCAGCCCUGUUUUUAUUUGUGAACGUUUGGUUACCAAAGACCUAAGGGGUACAGUUUUGCCUGCAGUAUUUUGUCUGGAGGGCAGGAUCUCAAUCUGUGACCGAUACUAGACUGGAUGUGACCAGGACCUUGUAUUGUUCGAGUUUAGCGUGGUGAUACUUAAUUAGGCUCCCAGUUAAUACUACACUAUUUUACCUUUCUAAAAUAGAUUUCUUUUUCCUGUGACGUUUUAUAAUUUUUAUGUAAAUACAUAGAAAAUUGUAAAAGUAACAUUUUACUUAUUUUUCACAGAAUUUGUACAUUUUUAGAGCCCUUGUUUUUGAAAGGAGGGGUCCUUUUUUAGGCUAUUUAUUUUAGUAUAGUGAUAAUAUGGAUGUGAUUUCAUCUUUUUCUUUUUCUCGAUUCUGCAGUUGGGUGGGAAGGAAAGGGGCGGGAUGGAGUUGUAUGUGACCUUUGGAGCAAUGGUGUCCGCUCCUGCUCCAGAUACACAGAUUUCCAUGUUCCAGAGCUCAUCAGAAGUUAAAGAUUUCAGUGGAUGCAACAUUUUAUUCUUUUUAUUUUUUUACAGGGCAUUCAGAGCUCAUAAUCGACAUGCGCUGCAUUAAUAUUGGCUUAUUGGGUUUUCAAUCAUGCAAUACGUUUUUUUUUUUUUUGCUUUACUUUACGCAGUAAUUUAUGGACAAUCCUCAGCUCUGAAAUGGAUAUCUGUGGAAGGCUUUCCUCCCUGGCCGAGCGGAGCGCUCCGUUGGGUUCGGCCGCGCUGUUUGACGAAGCCUCGCCCCGCCGCCGGGGCGGAGACGGAGAGCCCCCGGGGCGGGGUGCAGACUGCCGACCCCGUGUCUGUCUCUGUAAUAAAACAUGAUGUCAUUAAAGAGCGCCGGUGUCCCGCAGCCUUGAUUCACCGCGGCUAAAGCGCCGGCCUCUUCAGACCGGUCUCCCCCUGGCCCCGGGCCUGUACAUCACCGCCCCCUCAGGGACAUGGCUUACCGUCGCUGUUCCAGCCCGGCCGAGUCUGCAGCUUACGUAACCCAGCCCAAAAUACCGGGGGCUGCCUUCUCCCUCUGCUGUGACAAACGCUUGUUAAAGGCCCACGCGCGUAGGUUUCCUGUUUUUCAGCUUUUCAUAUCAUCUUGGAGCUUACAAUUUGUGUUCCACACUGAUCCAAGUGAAAAAUUAAUUAAAGUAUGCAUUUUUGAGUCAAAGAGCUAUAUUUCCAAGCUGAUUGUAGAACAAUUUCCCAUGUGACAUGACGUAUGUUUUUGCAUAAUUAUCAGAUGACUUUGCUAAAUGUUACAGUAACACAGAGAGCUGACCAGAGGAGGCGGUGAAUUGGGCUCUCGGGGCAGGGACUUUUAAAAGGAAACCUCUGUCACUGCUCUUUUGUGGGCGUUUUAGAUUCUAAAUCCAGGAAGAGAAAGCUGAUGCAUGUGGGCCUUUAAUAAAACGUACACUGGGACAUUUGGCAAGAUUUAUAAUGGUCCGACAUUUUGAAAACGUUCAGAGAGUAAUGCCACAGCGGAUAACCUGCAAAACAAUAAAAGAUUAAUGUGUCUGCGCUGA